AUGGCAGCCUCGCUGAGCCGCCCCUGCUUCAUCUCCCUCCACAUACCCUGCAGGCAGAGCUGGGCCCAGGAACUGGUCCACCCCACCGUCUUCCUGGUAACCCAGCGCCUGGCGCCGGGGCCUGCCGGCACCUCCUCCCACGAUUUCCUCUACGACGUGGACCCCCGGCCUGCCUUGGGCACAGCCUCCAACGUCUGCUUUGAGGUGGAUGAUGUGCCGGGGCUCUGCAAGCAGCUGCAGCUCCGGGGAUGCUCCCUGCCAGUGCCCCCCACUGAGGUGAGGGAUGGCAGUGGCUCCGUCACCUAUGGGGUGGUGAGCUCCAUUGUGGGCAACGUUAGCCACACCCUUCUGGACCGAUCCUGCUACCGGGGACCCUUCCUGCCUGGCUUCCAGCCCAUUCAAGGAGCCCCCUCCACCACGGGGGAUGGGAUCGAGAUCACCCACUUGGAUCACAUCACGUACGUCUGCCCGCGGGGCGGUGCUCGGGUGGCUCUGGAUUGGUACCAGCGCUGCUUCGGCUUCCGCCGCUUCUUGCUGAACCCACAGGAGAGGCCAGCCGAGGGGUACGUGCUCGGGGGGCAGGGGGUGGGCAUGAUGCUCCUUGCACUGCAGAGCGCCCAGGGUGCCCCAGGACACGGCUGCAAGGUUGUCCUUGCUGAGUCCCUCUCAGAGGAUGGCACCAACCAAGUUGAUACCUUCCUAGAGGAGCAUGGUGGGGCUGGGAUCCAACAUGUUGGCCUCUGCACCACUGAUAUUGUUGCCACAACCCGGGCUUUGCAACAGCGGGGUGCACGGUUCUUCACACCCCCCACCACCUAUUACAGCCAGGGGGGCAAAGCAGAGGAGAUUCGGGGGGCCGGGCAGGACCCCCACAUGCUGGCAGAGCUUGGCAUCCUCCUGGACACCACAUCACCUGGAGACAAGGUCUGGACAGGCACCAAUACCACAGAAAGCCCUUCCCAGGAGUAUUUGAUGCAGAUCUUCACCCAUCCCAUCUUCACUGAGGAGACCUUCUUCCUGGAGCUCAUCGACCGGCGGGGAGCGCCGGGCUUUGGGGAAGGCAAUAUUAGGGCACUGUGGAAAGCUGUGCAGGUCUACAUGGACCAGCAGCAGUAG